GUGACUGCUCUUGGUACAUUUGCCGCCAACAUUUGCCUGUUGAAAGUUCUCAAAUAUGCCGAACAUUAAGAUUUUUGGAGGAAAUUCUCAUCAAUUACUGGCUAAAUUGAUUUCAGAACGAUUAGGGAACGAACUGGGGAAGUGUGUGUUGAAAAAAUUCUCAAACAAGGAAACCAGUGUUGAAAUCGGUGAAUCAGUGCGAGGAGAAGAUGUCUUCAUUGUGCAAAGUGGUUGUGGUGAUGUAAAUGAUAACUUAAUGGAACUGCUGAUCAUGAUCAAUGCUUGUAAGAUUGCUUCAGCCCAGCGUGUCACAGCUGUUAUUCCAUGCUUUCCAUAUGCAAGACAAGAUAAGAAGGACAAGAGUCGAGCACCAAUUUCAGCUAAACUGGUUGCAAACAUGUUGUCAGUAGCUGGUGCAGAUCAUAUUAUUACUAUGGACCUUCAUGCUUCACAGAUACAGGGUUUCUUUGAUAUACCAGUGGACAACUUGUAUGCAGAGCCUGCUGUGUUAAGGUGGAUCAGAGAACACAUUCCUGAGUGGGAACGAGCAGUUAUUGUUUCACCUGAUGCUGGAGGAGCUAAAAGAGUAACAUCCAUUGCUGAUCAUUUGAAUGUUGGCUUUGCCUUGAUUCAUAAGGAGCGAAAAGUUGCCAAUGAAGUGGCCAGCAUGGUUCUUGUUGGAGAUGUUAAAGAUCGUACAGCAAUACUAGUUGAUGACAUGGCUGACACCUGUGGAACACUAACACUUGCAGCUCAGAAAUUAAGAGAUGCUGGUGCUGCUAAAGUCUAUGCUAUACUGACGCAUGGAAUAUUCUCUGGCCCUGCUCUGCGGAGAAUUGAAGAAAGUGAUCUUGAAGCUGUUGUAGUCACAAAUACCAUCCCACAAGAAAGCAAAAUGGAAAAUUGUGCAAAGAUUAAGUGCAUUGAUAUUUCCAUGAUCCUUGCUGAGGCUAUCCGCAGAACGCAUAAUGGUGAAUCAGUCUCUUACCUGUUCACUAAUGUUCCCCUUUGAAAAAUACAAACCUGCGUACUAGAGAGUUUGGGGUUUUUGUAUGAUGACUCCUAGAGUUAACAGAUUAUAUUUGUUAUAGUCAGAAUAGCAAUUCAUACGUGUUCACUAUUAAACAGCCCUCUGAGCUUUGACUGUUUUGACCACCUUGGCAAGUAGGUAAAAAAUGUUGUUGGCCACAAAUUGUAGCCAUAUUUGGCAAUCAGUGUUUGGCAGUCGUGUAACAAGCUCUAGCCUUGGUUUUUCAAAGUAUUUAUGUUGUGGAGUUCAAGUAAGGUAAUCAUAUACAUAUAGUAUUUUUAAUGCCUUAUCGGUUCCAGUUAUAAACAUUUGCUUCUGUCACCUUGAGUGACUUUGUGGUAAGCCUUGACAUGUCAAGUGAAAUUCACUAACUGACUACUGGCAAUUUAGGCCAUGGUGCUUGUUUCAAAGAAAAGGCUGUGGUUGCCAAUCUAAUACACCACACAAUGAUGCACAGAGUGCUUUUAUGGGGACUUCAUUUCAUUUCUACAUGGUUAUUCUUUCAUCACGACACACUUACACCAUGCUUUAGCUGACAGACAUGUUAUAUUUCUUAAAAAUUGAUACUAAGUGAAGAUAAAACCAUUAAAAGAUUAUGAUGAAAUUAUACCAGUUAACUCUUAUGAAUGCAAAGUAAAUAGCUACUUGCAACUUUUAUUGCCAGUUUGAAAAGGUACGGAACUUUUGUGAAGGACAACAGGUUUAAUUAUCUUCCCUAAUGCCCACUCAUGUUUGCUAAAUAAGGUAACUUUCUCUGGCCUGUUAAGGUUUCAUCUGGUUUUACGUUGCAAGAAAUUCAUUAGUUUGCCAUUAUUUUCAGAACAAACAAUGUUCAACUUU